AUUAAUUGGAUUUUGUCAAUUAACAACUUGAGUCAUUUGUGGCCAUGCUGGAGCACCACCUUUAGUCAAACAAAUCAACCCCAGGACUUAUUCUUUCCGUACUUUCAGCCUGCAAACAUGGUAUCGUCAUUACACGUUGCUGCGAUUGUUACCUGUCUAAAAUUCCUGUUGAUUCCUUCAUAUCGAUCAACAGAUUUUGAAGUCCAUCGGAACUGGCUGUCCAUAACCAACAAACUCCCUGUAAGGAAAUGGUAUUACGAGGAAACCUCAAUAUGGACCCUGGAUUAUCCUCCAUUCUUUGCUUGGUUCGAAUUCCUGCUUUCACACAUAGCAUGCUAUUUUGACCCUAAGAUGCUAGUUGUUCAAUCAGGCGCCUAUACUUCACAAGCUACAGUCUACUUCCAGCGUUUGUCUGUAAUCCUUUCUGAUUUGGUGCUUGUGUACGCAGUCCAAGAGUUGAACCAUGGAUAUAAUAAAGCCAACAAAACAAAUAAUCUUUUCAGCACUGGUCUUGCGAUUUCCAUAUUGGUCCUCUCCAAUUUUGGACUUCUGCUUGUUGACCACAUCCAUUUCCAAUAUAAUGGAUUCUUGUUUGGAAUUCUUUUGUUGUCCUUGGUCCGGAUCCGUCAAGGCAAAUUUCUCAGCGGCGCCUUCUUGUUUGUUGUUCUCUUAAACUUCAAACACAUAUUCCUCUACAUAGCACCAACAUAUUUUGUCUACUUGCUCAAGUGUUACUGUUUUCGAUCAACAAAUGAUGGAAAGAUUUUGUGGCAUUCUUUUUCCAUUACGAAACUGGUCUAUUUGUCUUUGAUUGUUAUUAGUGUGUUUGGGCUGUCUUUUGGACCAUUCAUUUACAUGAAACAACUUUAUCAAGUUCUCUCUCGGCUUUUCCCAUUCAAAAGAGGAUUGAGCCAUGCGUAUUGGGCCCCCAACUUCUGGGCUCUCUAUAAUUUUGCAGAUAAAGCCCUUGUUUAUACUGGCCAAAAUACCGGUCAUAUUCACGUCAACAAAACUGAUAGCUCUUUGAUGACUGGAGGUUUGGUCCAAGAGUUCCAUCACACUGUGCUGCCCUCAAUUACACCUCAUAUAACGUUGGUGCUGACCUUUGUGGCAAUCUUUCCUGUCUUGCUGAGUAUCUGGAUGAAACCCCAAAAAGGUAAAAGCCUGAUUGAAGCUGUAGCUUUAUGUGCCUUUGGUUCCUUCAUGUUUGGAUGGCAUGUCCACGAGAAAGCCAUUUUGAUGGUCAUUCUUCCUCUCAGUUUAUUGGUGAUGGACCAGAAACAGUAUGCUAGAAUAUUUCUAAUGGUAUCCACUACGGGACAUUAUUCUCUCUUUCCUCUUUUAUUCACCAAACCAGAGACGCCAAUCAAAAUUUGCCUCAUGUUGGCAUACACUUUAUUUGCAUUCCUGUCAUUAUCAAACCUUCAUGGAAACACUUCCAAACGAUUCCAACUGCCGCUCCUGUGUACAUUUGAGAGUAUCUACCUUCUGGGUAUUUUACCACUUGAAUUCUUCAACAGUUUAGCUUUUCCAUUGACUGCACUCAACGUCAAGCUUCCAUUCCUUCCACUAAUGCUGACAUCGGUUUAUUGCAGUCUGGGCCUCUUCUACAGCUGGCUGAAGUUCUAUUACCAUUACAUCGCUGGAUCGUCUGUACGCAAAGUAAAGCAUAAAUAAAUCUGACCACACGUU